AUGCCUGACAUUAUCGGAAAAGCCAAAGAAGCCAUGGGCAAACACGAGGACAAGAAAGCCCAGCCUGGCAAUCAAGUUGAGCAAAAAGCUGACGACGCCGCCAACCAAAGUAUGAUCUCCCUGAAAGAAGAGUGAAGAGGAAAUGUGUUUCUAGAGAUGGGGGUUUCUGAUUUUAAUUUGCAGAGAUCAACGACGCCGCAAACCAGCAAGGCGUGCCGCAAGACAUGGACAAGGGGAUCGAUGAUGUGGCGGAUCAGAAGAUCAACAGCGAUAUUCCUGGCGGAAACUAG